AUGGCGGCAAAAAUCAAACGGCUGAUAUUACAUCUUCGCAUAUUUUUUAUGAUAAUAUGGGCAGCCAGCGGCGGCGACGGCUAUAAUUGCCCAUAUGGGCAGAAUUGUGGCUUUGAACCAGCGCCUCCAGGAAAGUCACCACCCUGUGCACAGCCAGGAUUGACGUACUGCCUCCAUCCAGAUCAAUAUCCAGAGUAUGUAAUAAGAAAACUGGUGCAAGCAGGCCAGUACGAUAUCCGAACGCUUCUCUCAGAUGAAAGUAGAGACGACUUUGACGCUGUUAAGAAGGAUGCCUACCCCUACGGCUAUGGCCCAAACUCCUUGCCCCAUGUGGACCAAAUCUCUUUAGUGGACGACAGCGCUAACUAUCACAAGGAUUAUAACACUAAGUUCCAUGCGAGGUUCAAUCACGAUAUUUACUCGGAAAAAACCCCCCUCCAGCCACCCACAUCUAACGAGCCGACACCAUACAACAUAAAAGCCUACCAAGCGACGAACUUCUCCAAAUUCGGUUUCCAGGGUUACCACAGCUCACCAAGCUACUGGAACCCCAUAAGCGAUUAUAAAAGCCUGAAACAGAACAGCGUGACGCCGAACUUGGGGAUCUAUAAUCCGAAUUAUUUUAAUCCAAAUUUUUAUCAAGAUUACGACGCGGAGUGGUUGCGGCAGGCGUCCAGUGGAGUCACCCAAUAUAAUCCUAGUGAAUGGUGGAAAUACAUAACGCCAUCUAGAUCUAGCGACGUAACGAUCCAACGAUCUCUUUCAUUCCCAAAUCAUCCCCUGGGUCACGGAAGAAGGAAGCGAAAUGCGGAAUUGGUGCAGGCUUCAGCCAAGGGUCCAUUGACAGGCGCGGAAGCUCUCCGUAUAGCCUUAGGACUCGCCAGCGAAGACCCCUCAGCGGACAGACCGAGACGACAAGCAGCGAACACGAUCAACUUGUGCCAAGUUCGAACCCAGUUCGUACAACCUCAGGCGGCACAGAACAACAAGGGGAACUGGCGAUACGUGGUCAACAUGCCUGAUAAUAUGACACAGCUGGUUCGCGUUGAGACAUGCGCGUCGUCAGAGUGUAGUGGCUUGUGCAGUAUACCUCGUGGCUAUUCGUCCAGAUGUGAACAGAAAUAUAUUCAGAAACGUUUGGUGGCUUUACAACCGAGUGGCCAAACACUCUACACAGACGUUUUUUGGAUCCCCAGUUGUUGCCAAUGUACUCUUAUUAAUAAUAAUUAA